UUACAGAAGGCUGACAUGAGCCUGGGAAACUCAACAGUACCAGCUGAAUUCAUUCUGACACGAAUUACACACAGAGCUGAGCUGCAGCUUCCACUUUUAGGGGUGUUCCUAGUUAUCUAUGGAGUCGCCAUAAUAGGCAACCUAAGCAUGAUCAUUUUGACCAAGCUGGAUUCUCGCCUUCAUACACCUAUGUAUUAUUUUAUCAGACACCUGGCUUUCAUUGAUCUUGGCAAUUGUACUGUCAUUUACCCAAAGAUGAUGGUAAAUUUUGUAGUGGAUCAAAAUGUCAUUUCUUACUAUGCUUGUGCCACACAGAUGGCAUUCUACAUCACUUUUAUUAUCAGUGAACUUUUCAUCUUGUCUUCAAUGGCCUAUGAUCGCUUUGUGGCCAUCUGUAACCCUUUGCGUUACAGUAUGAUCAUGACUCAAAGACGUUGUCAUGUACUUGUUAGCAUUCCAUAUCUCUACAGUAUUUUCCAGUCUGUAAUGAUAACUAGUAAGAUUUUUACAUUAGCUUUCUGUGGUUCUAAUGUCAUUAGCCAUUUCUACUGUGACAAUGUCCCCAUGUUACUUUUACUGUGUUCAAAUGCACGGGAUAUAGAGUUACUGAUCAUAUUAUUUUCAGCACUUAAUUUGAUCUCGUCUCUCUUCGUAGUCUUAGUAUCUUAUCUUCUGAUUCUACUAGCCAUAUACAGAAUGCAUUCUGCAGAGGGUAGGAAAAAGGCAUUCUCAACUUGUGGUUCUCAUCUGACAGUGGUAGUAGUAUUUUAUGGAACUCUACUUUUCAUGUACUUACAGCCAAAAUCCACCCACUCAUUUGAAACUGAUAAAAUAGCCUCUGUGUUUUAUACAUUAGUGAUUCCUAUGCUUAACCCCUUGAUUUACAGCUUUAGAAACAAGGAAGUAAAAAGUGCCUUUCUAAACGUCUUUAAGAAUCGAUGUAAACUUAGUAUUUAA